GUGGGAAUAAUGGCGUUAAUGGUGGCGCCGGCACUGGUGGCUUCCCACAAUUACGCUGACGCCCUGAGAAAGUGCAUUUUGUUCUUUGAGUGCCAGCGCUCUGGCCCCUUGCCCCCCACACAGCGCGUCGCUUGGCGGAAAGCUUCUGGCCUUCACGAUGGCUCUGACAAUGGUGUUGAUCUGGUGGGCGGAUACUACGAUGCUGGCGAUAACGUGAAGUUCAAUUUUCCAAUGGCAUUUACCACGACGAUGCUUGCAUGGAGUGUACUAGAAUUCGGGCAGUUCAUGGGAACAGAUCUGCAACAUGCUAUGGAGGCCAUCAAGUGGGCAACCGAUUACUUCCUUAAGGCCACCAGCCACCCCGAUCAGGUCUACGUCCAAGUUGGCGAGCCUUACAGUGACCACAGCUGUUGGGAAAGGCCGGAGGACAUGGAUACCUCCCGCGCCUCCUACUCUGUCAACGGGCAACGCCCUGGCUCUGAAGUCUCUGCUGAGAUCGCCGCCGCUCUAGCUGCCUCUUCCAUGGUCUUCAAGCGUUACAAUUCCACCUAUGCUGCCUUGCUUCAAAAGAGGGCCGCCUCGGUUUUUAAGUUUGCAGAUAAGUUCAGGGGGUCUUAUAGUGAUGGUAGUCUGCAUCCAGCAGUGUGCCCAUUUUACUGUGAUUUCAAUGGCUACUGGGAUGAACUGAUUUGGGCAGCAGCAUGGUUGUACAGGACGACCCAAGAUCCAUCCUAUUGGAAAUAUGUCUUAGGGAACAUCCAUACAUUGGAAAAUCCAUAUAUUGUGAGAAAUCUAAAUGGCUAUGCAUACCAACAAGAUGGUAGCUUUGCUGAAUUUGGAUGGGAUGCCAAACAUGCCGGAAUCAAUGUACUCGUUUCGAAGUUGGUGAUGAAUCGCACGACUUAUUUGAAUACCCCCUUUGUUGCUUAUGCCGAUAAGUUUGUAUGUUCCAUCAUACCCGAAUCGCCUAUGAGAUCCGUCACAUACUCUCGUGGGGGACUGCUAUUUAAGCCAGGAGGGAGCAACUUGCAGCACACAACGUCCUUGUCCUUCUUGCUACUUGCCUACUCUAGGUAUCUCAAUCGUUACAAUAGAAAAGUUAAUUGUGGCAAUGUGAUAGUGAGUCCAUUGAGGCUUAGACAAUAUGUGAAGGGGCAGGCAGACUAUGUCCUUGGAAGCAAUCCUCUAGGAAUGUCAUACAUGGUGGGAUAUGGCAAUAGAUUCCCUCAGAAAAUACACCAUCGGGGCUCUUCCUUACCUUGCCUUACGCAACAUCCGACCCGAAUCGAGUGCCACGAGGGGUCAAUAUACUUCGCCAGCAAAAGUUCCAACCCUAAUUUAUUGGUUGGGGCGAUUGUCGGAGGACCCAGUAGCGAUGACUCAUAUGCUGAUUCAAGAUACGUGUUUGUACAAUCGGAGCCAACCACGUAUAUAAAUGCACCUUUUGUGGGGGUUUUAGCUUAUCUUAAAGCACAUUUUUCCUCGUAA